AUGCCUCACAAGUCACUCUACGCCGACGUCUCCAUCCCGGACGUCGACAUCUUCACCCUCCUGUUCUCGCGGCCCUCGAGGCCCUUCCCCGACAUCAAGGAGCUGCUCACCGACGGCGAGCUCCCUUCCCGCUCCUACACCCUCGCCCAGCUGCGCAACGCCGCCACCGAUUUCGGCAAGGGGCUCAAGGCCCUCUGGCAGUGGAAGCGCGGCGACGUCCUCGCCUUCUACACCCCGAAUGACGUCGACACCCCGGCCCUGACCUGCGGCGUCCUCUGGGCCGGCGGCUGCGCCUCGCCCGCCAACCCGCUCUACACCCUCGACGAGCUGACCUUCCAGCUCACCAACAGCGGCGCCAGGGGCCUCGUCACCCAGCUGCCCUUCCUGCCCAUCGCAAGGCAGGCCGCGGCGCGCGCGGGCAUCCCCGAGGACAGGAUCAUCCUGCUGGGCCGGGAGGGUGACCCGGAGGGCAAGCUCAGGCACUGGAGCAGCAUCAAGCCUACGGCGUACUGCAGCCGCUACGCGAAGACCAAGGUGCGGCCUAAGAAGGACCUGGCCUUCCUCGUCUACAGCUCCGGGACGACGGGCCUCCCCAAGGGAGUGUGCCUCACGCACCAUAAUGUUAUUUCCAACCUGCUCCAGAUGGAGCCUCUGGAAGGCCUCUACCUGAAGCCGUACGGCGGGCCUGGGGAUAGGGGUGAUCGCCUGCUGGGUGUGAUCCCUUUCUUCCACAUUUAUGGCCUAGUAAAUAACGUUUUUAUGAGCAUAUACUCUGGAUGGCAAUUAGUAGUCCUCUCGCGCUUUGACCUCGAGAAGGCCUGCCGGGUCAUCCAGGACUUUAAACUCACAUUUGCCUACAUCCCGCCCCCGGUGGUCUUAGCCCUCAGCAAGGAAGCAGUGGUGGACAAAUACGACUUGUCGUCACUGAAGCUCCUCCACUGCGGCGCGGCACCAAUCACCAGCGACCUGAUCGAGAUGGUCUGGAAGCGCCUGAAGGUGCCCGUGAAGCAGGGCUACGGGCUGUCCGAGGCCAGCCCCGUAUCCCACGUCCAGCCGCCGGACGAGUGGGCCAAGUUCAUGACCUCGGUUGGCAAGCUAGUGCCGAACAUGGAGUCGAAGAUUGUCGAUACCGAGGGCCAUGAGGUGGCGCUCGGUGAGCCAGGUGAACUCUGGCUCAAGGGCCCAAACGUAUUUGGAGGUUAUCUGAACAAUUCUGAAAAGACUAAAGACGCCUUCUCAACAGACGGCUGGCUUAAAACAGGCGACGUUUUCCAAAUGGACAAAUAUGGCAACUACUACUGUGUCGAUCGGCUAAAGGAACUGAUCAAAUACAAGGGCUUCCAAGUCGCCCCAGCCGAGCUGGAGGGCCUGGUAGUAGGCCACCCGGACGUCGCAGAUGCAUGCGUCAUCGGCAUCUACGACCCGGGCCAGGCGACGGAGCUGCCGCGCGCCUACGUGACGCUCAAGGCCGGGGUCACACAGGAUGCGGCCAAGGCGAAGGAGAUCGCAGACUGGAUGUCGGCCAAGACGGCUCCUCACAAGAGGCUUCGUGGCGGUGUGUACUUUAUCGACGUGGUGCCUAAGUCCCCGAGCGGCAAGAUACUGAGGAGGGUGCUGCGGGAUAAGAUCAAGCAGGAUGAGAGGCAGGCUGGUCCGAAGUUGUAG